UCUUCUUCUCCAUGUCCCCAGUGCCAGCCUCCAAAACCAAAGAUGUGGUGGAUUCCAUGCCUGUGGAGAAACAUGGAUACUUUGAGGCCUCUGACACUGCUCAUGACCCGGAGCGACCUCAAUCUGUCAGGAGUGAGAAGAUGUUGACAAAAGACAGUUUAGCCAAGAUGGAAAGGUCUAAAUCCCUUGCGUCUCAGGGUGACACGUCAACAGAAAAUCAAGACUUUGACACCUUCACAUUGACACCCACCAAGAGCAUGUCAGUGUUGAGUGAUCACAGUUUGAAAGGAGAUUUUUCUCUCUUGAGUGAAAGUUGCCAACCACUUUUAGCUCUCCAAGACUCAACAGUGCCAGUCACUAAGCAGAGUUUCACCAAAUCUGCUAAGAACACCCUCAGCCAGAUCCUACAUGUGAUCAAGUGCAGAGUGGUUGCCUCGAAUAAUUCAUCUGUUGGAAAGAAGACAACUGACAUGUUGGACUCUCUUCUUGAGAGCCUUGACCAGUUGACUGCAGAUGAUAUAAAGGGGACAGCGUCCCACAGCUUGAUCACAAUAGUGCCAGAAUCACUGUCUAAGCAAUCCUUGACAAAAAACUUGUCAACUCAUGAGAGGAACCAGGAUUCUUCCCCUGCAAAGCUUGUAUGUCAACCAUCAUGUCUGAUACCAACAUCCAUAUCUGACACCAACAUUAUAUUGCAAACUAUAAUGGAAACGCUGGUGACGGACGAAUCAAGGAAGACUUCAGCAGAGGAAAACCUUGAGAGGCUCGUCUCCAUUGAAACCAUUCAAGGUCUGUCAGACGACCUCAUCACAAAGGUCCAUGGUCUCAUUCAGGAGAUCACAAUAAGCCGGCAACUUCAAUCAAUGGCUGGUCACAGGAGCUUCUCUGAACCGGCAUUGCCAAAGCCAGCCCUGAAAAAGCUGUCAAGGAAUGAUGCUUCUGAGCUCGCCUACAGCUUUGCCGAAAAUUCUGUUAGGACUCUCCUGGGGCAGUGUUUAAAUGUGUCGCCCUUUUCCACCGGAGUAAGGCAGACGAUGGAUCAGGUCACUAAGAUAAUGACCAACACAGUGAUGGACACCCUGACUGAUGUGUCCAAGCCCACAGUGAAGUCAGAGGAUGAAUUAGUUUCCAGGUUAGUCCUACCAGAUGAAUUCCCCACCAGGAGCCUUAACCCAGCCGACGGCAAUGCUGAGGUGACGCCUCGCUCUGCUGGAGGUGAAAAGAAUAGCAAGAGGUGGCGUUUCCUUUUCAAAAUGCCUAACAUCCCGAAGAUCAGGAUCGAGGUGUUCAAGAGAAAAGGACAAGCCAAGAAGCACCCUGAACUGGAAGCGUUGCCGAUAAAACGUUUCAGUGAUAUGUCACUGAAGGUUCCUUCCGCUUCCCCGCCUAUGGAGGACCUGAUACCUGCACCUACUGCACAGGAUCCCCAGUCCCGUAAAUGCCCCUUCGUGGUUAGGGUGUUUCGGGCCCUCUCUCGAGCCAUCACCAGCCUCUGCAGAGGUGCUUCAGGGAAGAAGCACUAGAUAAGUGCCUGAUUUUAAUAAACAUUACUG